UAUCAGAAGAACACAAACAAAAACAAGAAGAAAAAAUUAAAUUAAAUACUAACAGGAAAUUUUCAUCAUGUUCUUCUCAAAUCCAAGAAACAACCAAACCAAUCUCUUAGCAAACCCCAAAUCCAAAUCCAGCAACCAAACCCAAUCUCCAUCAAAUCCAGAAAAAUAAAAAAUAAAUACAAUAAACAAACCGGCCCAAUUUCAAAAAACAAUAUACAAAUCUAUAUCAAACGCAUUUGAGAAUAGAAAGAAAAAAAAACAAAACAAAACAAAAUUAGAACCUAGAAUACAGACACUAACCCCACAAACCCAGACACAGCACAGGCCGCCACAAACAACACAAAGCUCAGAGGAACCUUAGCCCGGGUCCGAAAAUCCGGCGAUACAGAAGCCGAAGAGUCCGAAACGAGAAAGAAUCGGACGAGGCCGAGAAAGAGCUCAAAAGGGUAAGCAGGGGAAUGGGGAUAGGGCGAGGAGACGAGUGAGAGAGAAGCAGAGAAGAGGAGCUGUGAGAGGUGGAAUGUGAAGAAAGUGAGGAGUGAAAUGAGUGAUGGAGCAAAAGAGAGUAAUGGGUUUUUACUAGUGGAAGUGGUGGUGGGUCCGAUCUGCCACCACAAGGUCCGAUCUAGCACCUCUCUCCGCAAGGUCUCCACCUUCGACACCGUCGAAGAUUUCUGGUGUGCAGACUGCGGAAUGCGGAUUGAAAUUUGAAAGAGAGACGGAGGGAAGCAGAUCAAUUGCCGGACCGGAUACUUCGGCAGAAAGUCAGUGCCGAUUGCAAACACUUUAUUUGAGGAAUUUGUGUUUGAUUAUCAUACAUUUAUUCCCACUAAUAACACCGAGAGAGAGGGAAAGGGAAAGGGACGAAAUUCAAGGAUUGCUUUACGAAGUGUCCCAUUUUGUUCAAGAAAAUUAAAAAAUAAGAAUAGCCGUUUGGUUGAGAUAGAAUUUUGCUUGUGAAAAUGGCAAGGCGAAGAGCCAAGAAAACUGUUAAGAAAGUGGAGACGUCACCUGUGAAUGAUGAAAACGACGUCGUUGAAAAUGAGGUCCAAUUUGACAAAGAAGUUGAGCGACAGAGUGGUGCUAUUAGGGCUAUUCGUGAUGUGGAGAUUGAGCAUUUACUGACUGAAUUGCGUUUGCUUCGCUCAUAUUUCAGCGAGGAACAACUACAAACCCCCACAAUGCAAUUUUUUAAAGAAAAUCUUCCAAACCUUUCAGUUGUAGGAACUGAAGGAAACAAACAAUUUGAAGUUCAAUGGAAUGAUAAGGAAAGUAAGGUAUCCAUGAACCAUGCUGAUGAAAGAGACAUACAUUCUUCUCUUCUGCGCCAGUUGUCUAUGGUUUAUCCUGAUUGCCCUGCUACUGUUGCAUCUUUGGGUGGCUUUGAGUUUUCUAGCAAAGCAGUGAAAACAAGCUAUCUAGGUGCUGGUAAUCUGCAAAUAAAUGACUUUGUUUUGGAGGAGCCAUCAGAAACUCAGAUACUUGGGAUGCAAGAUGGUCUUCAAACUCCUGGGGUGAGUAGCCAAAGGCUGUCUGUUGGAAUGACACCCAAAACAUUGAGGCUGCCUAAGCCUGGUGAGAUGCUUUUAUCCGUACAUGGCUCACCCCUUGGAGUCUACAAAGAAGACAAUAUGGAAGCCAUACACGAGUCAGAAGAGGAUUGACUGGCUUCAAUUUUACCAUCAAUGUGGUUCAAAUAGAUGCAAAUACUUGCAGUUUCUAGUCCAUUAGAAUGUUUCUCUUUCACUGUACCAAUGACUAUUGUAAGCACUGAAAUUGUUCUUAUAUUAUAAUGCACUGUUACCUUUGCAAUGAUAUUCAAAUUAAGAAUACUUGAGCAUUUCUUAUU